CACUGGAGCAUUGCACUUUGAGACUGACAACAUGCCAACCAUGGAGAAGGAUGGAAGCAGCAGCAGCAGCAACUGCACAGACACGAUUAGAGGACUGCCUGAGCAUGGAACGUCUGAGCUUAAACAACAUGUCCAAGUGAAAAAUCCCUACUUGCAAACCAUGGAAGAGGACAUUCUCUACCACUUCAGCUUGAGCACCAAGACUCACAACCUUCCAGAAAUGUUUGGAGACAUCAAGUUUGUGUGUGUUGGCGGCAGUGCGAACCGCAUGAAGGCUUUCGCCCAGUUCAUCCACCAGGAGCUGCAGCUCCCUGGAAACCCGGAGGAAGUCAAAGACAUCUGUGAAGGAACGGAUCGCUACUGCAUGUACAAAGUGGGACCAGUGCUGUCUAUAAGUCAUGGCAUGGGUGUCCCGUCCAUCUCCAUUAUGCUGCAUGAGCUCAUCAAACUGCUGCACCAUGCCCACUGCCACGAUGUGGUCCUCUUUCGCCUUGGAACAUCCGGUGGAGUCGGUCUGCCUCCAGGGACAGUGGUGAUCACAGAUAAAGCAGUGGAUUAUUCCUUCCGCCCCCAGUUUGAGCAGGUGGUUCUGGGUAAGGUGAUCACCAGGAGUACCGAGUUGGAUGAGGGAGUGGCCAGCGAGCUUCUGCAGUGCUCCUUGGAGCUCCGAAACGUCCCAUCGGUGAUCGGAAACACCAUGUGCACCCAUGACUUCUACGAAGGUCAAGGCAGACUGGACGGGGCGCUCUGCUCCUUCUCUCAUGAAGAGAAACUGGAAUAUCUGAGGAAAGCGCACGAGGCCGGAGUGAGGAAUAUCGAAAUGGAGUCCACCGUAUUUGCAGCCAUGUGCCGUGUCUGUGGCCUCAAGGCGGCCGUCAUCUGUGUCACACUCCUGAACCGCUUUGAGGGAGACCAGAUCACUUCCUCCCAUGACGUGCUGGUGGAUUACCAGCAGAGGCCUCAAGUCUUAGUGUCUCACUUUAUCAAGAAACGCCUGGGACAUAUUGUCUAGGGCAAAUGGAUCUCCCAUCCCAGAAAAGAUGUAUAUACUGUAGCUUUGACUCACGUGUGGAUACGUGUGUAUAAAUACUGUACUUUACCUGUUCAUAUGUGUAUUGGACACCUAUUUAAUAAGUUGUUACAAUUUUCAUGAUUUCUUCGAUGAGCUAAAAUAAGUUAAAAACAAGACCAUAUAUAUAAAUGUUGCUGUUAUAUAUGUAUAUUUGUUGGAUGUUUUAAUAUGUACUAAAUAUAUACUCUGGUGCUAAUGUA